GUGGAUGGGGUAUUAUUAUCUCUCAGCUACCCACCCUGCUAUAAAAACUAGCGGUGCGACAUCGCAACAGUGCAGAGCUGCCGUUCUCCCUCCCAUGGUGCUACAGACAAGCCUGCCUCUCCAGAACACCAGCGUUCUUCAUAAGCACAUUUUCUAAAGGGGGGGGGAUUCAGAAGACCUCUGCAGCUCCUCUCAUUCCUGUUGUUUCUCUGGAUUUCUCUGUGGCUCCUGAACGGGUGGCUGAUGAAAACGUGACUGUGAAUGGAAAGACAGUUUCGUCUUUGUGGCGCGAGGAGAUGAGAGAGGUCACUGCACACUGCCCCUUUGCCUCGGGAUAAAACGUGAGGAAGCGCAAGAGUCACUGCUGAGAAAAUGGCCAACGGAGAAGACGACUUAAUUGGGAUCCCAUUCCCCAACCAUAGCAGCGAUGUUUUAUGCAGUCUAAACGAACAGCGGCGGGAUGGUCUUCUGUGCGAUGUUGUUCUCAUUGUUCGAGACCAGGAGUAUCACACACAUCGUUCUGUCUUGGCAGCCUGCAGCCAGUACUUCAAGAAACUCUUCACUGUGGGAAUGGACUGUGAUCAACACAGUGUCUACGAAAUUGACUUUGUUGCACCCGAAUCGCUUACUGCAAUCCUGGAAUUUGCUUACACCUCCACUCUUACGAUCACCACUUCUAAUGUGAAAGAGAUCUUAAAUGCUGCUCAAAUGCUGGAGAUUCCCUGCAUUAUCCGGGUGUGCCUGGAGAUUAUGGACACGGGAAGGGAAGAUGAGGAGGAAGAUGAAGACGAGGAGGAUGAGGACGAGGUAGAGGAAGAAGGCGAAGACUCAAAGGAGGAAGAACACGAGGAUAAUGAAGCUGCUGAACAAUCGGUACAAUCUCCAGCGGGUCAAGACCAAGAUUGUUCUCCAAGUACCUCCCAGCAGGAGAUAAUUUCAAGCAGACUGAGAACUGAGGUCACAGAGGUUUUCAAUGAGAAACCCAGAAACAAUGAAACCUUAGAAGGCAGAGCCCUGAAAGAUUUUUCCAUUGAAUCCUUACUACAAGAAGGACUGUACCCAAAGUUAACAGGUAUAGACAGACGGUCAGCUCUUCCCCCACUCCUUCCAGGGUUAUUCCCACCCAUGUGGGCCGGGGAUUUUCCAAGCUUUCCUCAAAUCCAGAAACCUAACCCUAGCCCCCUCCCAUACUGCCAAGAACUUGAAAGCAGGCCACUGGACCUAGCAGUUAAGAAGGAGGGCAUUAAGGAAGAGCUGAACGAUGACAUCACCAAUAGCCUUUUUCACAGUGACUUUUUAAAAGACUUUAUGGGUGCAGGUCUUAGUGUGCUACCCGAAUCCCACCUGGGGACUAUUAAGGAUGAGUCAGAUUUCAGGUCAUACUUGAACUUCCUCAGUGCCACUCACCUUGAAAGCUUAUUCCCCCCUUGGCAGCUAGAGGAAGAGAGAAAAAUGAAGACCAAAGCAUCCCAACAGUGUCCGAUUUGUAACAAGGUAAUUCAGGGUGCAGGAAAGCUGCCUCGGCACAUGAGGACACACACCGGAGAGAAACCAUACAUGUGCACUAUUUGUGAGGUCAGAUUCACCAGGCAAGACAAGUUGAAGAUCCACAUGCGUAAGCAUACUGGAGAACGGCCAUACAUCUGCCUUCACUGCAAUUCCAAAUUUGUCCACAACUACGACCUAAAGAACCACCUACGUAUUCACACAGGGGUACGGCCUUACCAGUGCGAGCAUUGCUACAAAAGCUUCACACGGUCGGACCACCUUCAUCGGCACAUAAAGAGGCAAAGCUGCCGCCUGUCUCGACCUCGAAGGGGCCGCAAGCCCACUGCCUGGCGCGCCCCCAAUUUCCUUUAUCCAUCUUCCGCCCAUCAUGAAGAUAAGAGCCUCAGCAUUAACAGCCAACUCCUCUCACUUGGACACGGUGUCUCUGGUCCCAGGUUCUUAGAGAGACAUCACUUGGAGGGCAGCAGUCUCAGCUUUGACGACUUGGACAACAGUAGGGAGAGUCUUGAUGUCAAAUUAGACAGAAACCAUGGCGAUGAGAUGGAGAGGAAGAAAGGCGUGUUUACAUUUGCCCUGGCCCACGACGAUAUUCUCUCCCAUCAACCAUUCUAUUCUGCCGCGGCUGACCCCUGGGCAAUGAGGCUAAACCACAUUACUCCCAUCCCAGAGGGGACCAAGUAAAUCCUUCCAAAUUAACAAAACAAGCCUCAGGAGCUACUCGUAUCUCACUGCAAUGGUCCUACUCAUAGAACAGAAAUUUAUAUCUAGGGUAAACACGUUUUGAUAUUCUGCGAUCUCAUAAAUUCCUACACAUUUUCUGUUCUCUCUCAGUUCGUGUCGUACACUGCUGUAAUAAUGAUAGUACUUAAAAAGACAUACUAAAGCUAAUCAGGAAUCCAUUUUAGGUCAUUAUAAGACUGUACUUUGUCAGUAUGUGUAAUUGGGGGCAUUUUUGUUUUAAGAAGCUGGGCAUGGAGUCAUUUAUCACUCUAGUUAACUGGAAAGCGCACAGAACUGAUUUCUGACUUAGACUAAUCUACAUUUGUCAUCUGCAGCCUUUAUACUUGAUGGGCUUUGAAAGACAACCAGUCGUUUUUCAAAUUUCGAAAUGCUAAUGUAAAAAUAAAAUAAAAUAAAUACUUAUUCCUGAAUAACUAAGCCUCCUGACUUUAAACUUUAAUAAUGGUAUUAGUAUAUUCAAUAAUGUGAUUAGAUAACAACUUAAAUAAUCUGACCUUUCAAAAUACAUACAGUGAAAAUCAUACUUUAUACUUAUAUACUUGUAUAUUAAAUUUCAAGGAGGAAAAUUCCUCAGGAAUGCUUAAAUAUAUAUAGUACAUUUUAAAAUGUGUCAAAAGAUAUGUUUUAAUAUGUAUACAUUUUUACACGUCUUAAUUUUUUAUAUAAAUAAUGAAACAAAGACAUACAUAUUAAAAAAAAAUUCAAAGCUGCAAACACCUUCCUUUGCAUUAUCUAGAGUCCACGUUAAUCUGCAAAUUAUGCUAGUUGUUCACAUACUGUAAAUCCAUAUAUUUAAGAGAAAAAUAUUCUGCAGAACACGUUAUGCUUUUCUUGCAAGUCUAAACUUCGAAGAUGCAGAUUGCAUAUGUUUGACAGUAGAUUUGGAAAUUUGGAUUUCAAUUUGGAUUUUAUGUCAAAAAUAAUUUUAGCUCAUAAAUAUAUGAAAAAAUAACUAUAUGAUCAGUCUGAGUAUACAGAUGUGGUUUGGUGUAACUUUUUAUUUGUUUUGCUGUUAUAUUGGAAUGAUGACUGCAGACAUAAUAAAUGGUCUGCCCAUGAAAUAUCAAGACGAUGAUAAAAGAGCUGCUUCUUAACCUCAUGGACAAUUGCAACUAUUCCCCUUAAUUGUCUUUCAUGUUUUCUAGCAAUAUUAUUUUCAAAAUCCUCAUCUGUUGAACGUAAUAUGAAAUAUACUUGUAAUAUAAAAUGUUAUACUGCCCCCUACUGGCCAACUGAGAUUUAAUAUAUUAUAUACGAUUUAAUAUACUGUAUAUUCUAUUCCAGGGGUUAACAACCUUUCUUAAAUCCAAAUAAAAUUAGAACAGAGCUGGAGACGACUAAUGCAUGAUAGCAUAGCUAUUCAGGAACUAAGUGAGGGCUUUGGUAUUUUUCCCUUUGAAAUAUAUCCCCUGAAUAUUUUUUUCUGCAUUUCGUGUAAACCAAUUGAUAACAUGGCAUUUCAUUGGCCGUGACUCUGACAUGGUAAUGAAUGGACUGAUGGGUAUAUUUUUGUGUCCAAACUGCAUACUUCUACCUAUUUUAAUGGAUUUGCCCAGUUUACAAAAUAAUUAGAUAUUAUGAAAGCUUAACACACAUACAUAAAUCAAACAUAGGUUAGUGUAAAUAUGUACAUAAUAUUUUUUGUGUGAUGUUUUUGUAAUCUUCCAAAGAUGUGGAUAGCUAGAAAUUGCAUAAACCUGACAGAGCCUUGUUUUAUGUGUUUCUUUAACAAGUUUUAAUUUUUGAACUUAUUUUGUAUUUAUUAAUUUUGAAGAUGCUGAGCAGAUAUUUCCCAAUACUGGUCAGAACAAAGUUUAAAAUCCAAAUGGUACACCAGUUAUUUUGUAAAUCUAAAUCUAAAGAUAUUCAAAAGGAUAUGAUUGAAUAUUUUCUAGUUAUUUAUAUUUUAAAUUUCUUUCACUCUACUUUGUUAUCUUUAAAAGUUUUCCCUGAAUGCCUCAAUCAUGGUCCGAGACUCCAUAAUCUGGAAUUCUCUGCGUUCAUUCAGUACAAGUAGGACAAAUUGUAUCAACUCAUUCAAAACUGACAGGAUUGUACCCUAAUAAAAUUUACAAUAAUUAGCUGCAAGUUCAAGUGCAAGUCCUACUGUUUCUUUUCACUUUAAAAGCAACCAACGGUCAUGAUAAAAAGCUUCAGCUUUGACUGAUUUAGCUUGUUUGACAGAGGCCGAACAGAUGUACGUCCUCUCAGUGCUUAAUGUUUUGUAUCUUUUGUAUGUUUUGUACGAGCUAAGAGAAGUGCACGCAAAUUCAUACCUGUAAAUAUGUAUGGAAAUGUGGAUCUGAGUGUAUUUGCACUAAUUGCUUUCGAUGUUCAACUUAUAAUAUACUCCUAAAACGGGAAUAUCUUUCAACAAAUGCAGUGAACUUGCAUAAUGUAUGUAAUUAUUCUUAUGAAAUUGAUCUUUCACCUGAAUUUCUCAUGUACAUACCUGUACCUGAUGGAGUUUUUUGCCUGUUUUUAAAGCAGUUUAUUAUGAAAAACAACCUGGUUCUAGCUGUUGGUCGACAAAAUAAAACAGCUUUUUGCAACCAAA